ACGUCAUCUCCAAAGUAAAUGGAUCUCUAUGCUUGAGUCCAAAGUAAAGUAUAAUCUUUUCUGUUUUGUUUUGUUUUGAUCAAGAAAGUAAAGUUAAAGUCCACGCCAAUUUCUGGUAAGGAAGGCCAUUGCUUUAGGAUAAUCCUCCACAUGGGACUAAUCCCUCCCUCGUUACAGGAAGAGGUGUCUAAUGAUCUAGUGGGACCCACUUACCGAACUCCAUUACUGUACUUGGUCUUCACAAGCAACCACCAGCUGAUGAUAAAUAAAAUACUAAGCAAGAACCAGCUUUUAAUAUUCCUCAUAAGCCUGAAACCUUCUUGUCAAGAUCUGGUUUUUUCCUCUUUCACUAUUAUCUUGAAGGAGAGGGGUCCGACUUCUCAAGUCAUGCUUUUGUUUCUCCAUUGAUAAGUAAGAGAGAGAAAUUGUCAGCACAGGAUAAUAAAGAAGCAGCUCAGAGAUCUAGCGAACCUCAUUUUGGAGGACAAAUUGGGGAAUGAUAUAAUAAAAUGGGGAGGAAAGGGAACUGGUUUUCUUCAGUAAAGAAAGCAUUCAGUCCAGAGUCCAAGGAAAAGAAAGGCCAGAAAUCAAAUAAAUCGGACAAGAAAUGGUUUGGGAAGGAAAAAUCUGCUGUUUCCAGUUCCUCGCCUUCAGAAACUGUCACAGUGCCUCAUCCUCUUCUUCCUCUGCCAGAAGAGGUGAAACCAAUUGAAGUGGAAACUACAGAUUCUUACUCUGUUGCACUUGCCACCGCUGCAGCAGCUGAGGCUGCCGUUGCGGCUGCUCAGGCCGCUGCGGAGGUUGUUCGACUCACAUCCGUGAAUCGGUUCCCAGGCAAAUCAAAGGAGGAAGUGGCAGCCAUCAAAAUUCAAACAGUUUUCCGUGGGUACAUGGCAAGGAGGGCAUUGCGGGCUUUGAGAGGGCUUGUUAGGUUGAAGUCAUUGGUACAGGGGCCUAUUGUCAAACGCCAAACUGCAAAUGCUUUGAGAUGCAUGCAAACUGUGGCACGAGUGCAAUCUCAGAUCCAGUCUAGAAGAAUCAGGAUGUCUGAGGAGAAUCAGGCACUCCAGAGACAACUACUUCAGAAACGUGCAAAAGAACUCGCGAGUUUGCGGAUUGGGGAGGAAUGGGAUGACAGUCUACAGUCAAAAGAACAGAUCGAAGCAAACUUACUGAGCAAGUAUGAGGCAGCCAUGAGAAGAGAAAGAGCACUGGCUUAUUCUUUCUCGCACCAGCAAAGCUGGAAGAAGUCUACAAGACCCUCAACUCUGAUGUUCAUGGACCCAAGCAAUCCUCACUGGGGAUGGAGUUGGUUGGAACGAUGGAUGUCUGCCGAGAAAGACCUCAACAAUGACCACUCAUCCGUCAAGAGUGCCACCCUCAGCACUGCCGGAGGAGAAAUCACCAAGUCUUACGCUCGUCACCUCUUAAAUGCCGACAAACCUUCUCCCACUUCCACUCCAACACCAAACCAUCCUUCCAUCCACAAGUCCCUUUCAACUUCCCAAUCAAAGGCGAGGAAAUUGAAGCCCGAAAGCCCUAGAGGGAGGAUGUUGACUCCAGAUGACGAUUCAAAGAGUGUUUUCAGUAUGCAGUCGGAUUUGAAUAGGCGACACAGUAUUGCAGGGUCGUCAGUUAGGGAUGAUGAGAGCCUCGCGAGCUCUCCGGCAUUUCCGAGUUACAUGGCACCUACUAAGUCGGCAAAGGCUAAGUUGCAGACUGAAAGCCCGUUGGGCUUGGAGAACAGGACGCCGGAGAAAGGAUCAGUGGGGUCUGUGAAGAAACGACUGUCUUUUCCGGCUUCAACAGCUAGGCCGAGGCGGCAUUCAGGUCCACCGAGGGUGGAAAGUGGCUCCUUUGCAGCGGUCAGUGUGAGGAGUGGAGGGGGAAGUUAAUCUGUUCCUUGAUGGAGGAACAUAUAUAUAAGCAAUACUAUUGGAGUUGAAAUGGAGGUUAUUAAAGAGGAAGAUAAGAUUAAAAGAUAGGUGAUUGGAUACGUGGGAUUUUACUUGUAUGUAGUUUAAGAAAACUGUAAUCUUUGAUUUGUUGCUUUGAGAUUGUUGGUUUUCUGGGGGAGUUUCCUGGAUGAGUCCUGCUAUGGGAUUGCUUUUAGUAUUUCUUUUGUUCUUGUUUCCCUUAUUGUCAAAGAACUGGCUUUGGGCUUUGAUUAUUUUGUAUGCUACUACUAAUGAAUGUGAUAAUCAUGGGUUCGAGCCGCCACAGAAA